UCCCUGGAAAAACCCUUCCAUCGUCCUGGAUUAUCCAAUGCAGACCAGAGCAAUCGGCAAGCAAGGAACCGGAGCAGCCUCAAUUCCACUUCCUUCCCUUCGACCAAUGUAGCUUUCUCUUAGGUUUUCACUUCCAUCGAUUUCCCCCGCUGAACGCAAUCGAUGGCCUGCGAACGGUUUCACACUUUUUCUUCCUCAAUUUAUUCGUCUUCUCCAUUUCCCAAUUCCAGACUCCGGAUCCUCAAGCCACGAACAUGGCGUCGCCCAUAUCCCUCGGUAUCGUCUCAAAUUUCAUCUCCGUCCAAUUCUCAAAGCGACGAAGAUAACGAUUCCAAGAAGAACAAGCUGAAUUUACUCAAACUCUCUGUAACUCUCACUGUAGUUUCAACCUCUCUUCAUACGUCCAACGCCCUCGCUGCUACCGCCUCCAAAGAAGUGAAGGGACGAAGACGUGGUGCUAAGAAAUCUUCCACCAAAAAAGGUGACGCUCUUUCGCCUCAGGAGCUGCUUUCGUGGUCGCAGGGACUUCCAUCUGUUUCCAACCGAAUUCCCUAUACUGAGCUCCUGGAUUUGAAAAGGGAGGGGAAAGUUAAGCAUGUGAUCAAAGUUCCUAAUGGAUUUUUGAGGCUGAGGCCGGAACCAGUAAUGGUGGUUCUGGAGGAUUCCAGGGUGUUGAGGACGGUGUUGCCGUCUGUGGAGAGUAAUGGAAGGUUUUGGGUGCUGUGGGAUGAGCUGGGGAUCGAUUCUGUUUGUGUUAAUGCAUAUACGCCUCCUGUAAAGCUUCCUGACGUUCCUACUCCGUAUUUGGGGUUCUUGACGAGAGUACCGGCGUUUUUGUAUUCCUUUGUUAAACCGAAGAAGGAGUCCAAGAGAGCUGCAGAGGUUAGGCGUAUAAGGGAGGAGAUCAAGAUGGAAAAAACUGCUGCAUUGGAGAAAAUGAGGCAGGAAAGAGAGAUGAUAGAAAAGACAGUGAAGAUGCAGAAGAAAGAAGAGGAUAUGAGGAUUAGGAGAGAGGCAAACAGAAAGAAGCGGGAGCAAUCAUUAAAUGAAGCUAGAAUUAACUACCAACGCAUGGCAAAUUUCUGGGCAGAGUUAGCCCGGGAUCCAAAUGUGGUAUCAGCCCUUGGUUUUUUAUUUUUUGUGAUUUUUUAUCAAACUGUGGUGUUGAGCUACAGGAGACAAAAGAAGGAUUAUGAGGAUCGAUUGAAGAUUGAAAAGGCUGAAGCAGAGGAGAGGAAGAAAAUGCGGGAUUUAGAGAGGGAGAUGGAAGGUCUUGAGGGUGAGGAUGAUGAUGUUGAGCCAGGAAAAGGUGAACAAAAUCCUUACUUGAAGAUGGCUGCGCAAUUUAUGAAGUCGGGUGCUCGAGUUCGUCGGUCUCAUGGAAAGAGGACGCUUCAGUAUCUUGAGAGAGGGAUGAAUGUGAAGUUCGAGGAUGUCGCUGGGCUUGGGAAAAUAAGGCUCGAGCUUGAGGAAAUUGUGAAAUUUUUCACACAUGGAGAGAUGUACAGGAGAAGGGGUGUAAAGAUUCCAGGUGGUAUACUGCUUUGCGGUCCUCCUGGAGUCGGGAAAACUUUACUAGCAAAAGCAGUUGCUGGUGAGGCAGGCGUUAACUUUUUCUCCAUAUCCGCUUCUCAAUUUGUGGAAAUAUAUGUCGGGGUUGGUGCUUCUCGUGUUCGAGCUCUCUACCAAGAAGCUAGGGAGAAUGCUCCAUCAGUUGUUUUCAUUGACGAGCUAGAUGCUGUUGGAAGGGAACGUGGUUUGAUAAAAGGUUCUGGAGGGCAAGAACGUGAUGCUACUCUUAAUCAGCUUCUUGUCUGCUUGGAUGGAUUUGAAGGCAGGGGCGAAGUGAUUACUAUUGCUUCCACUAAUAGACCAGAUAUUCUUGAUCCAGCACUAGUGAGACCUGGACGAUUUGAUCGAAAGAUUUAUAUUCCUAAGCCUGGACUUAUUGGUCGUUUGGAAAUUCUCAAGGUUCAUGCACGGAAGAAACCUAUGGCUAACGAUCUUGAUUACAUGGCUGUUGCUAGUAUGACAGAUGGAAUGGUUGGUGCAGAACUAGCAAACAUAGUUGAAGUCGCUGCUUUAAAUAUGAUCCGUGAUGGCAGAACCGAGAUUACAACUGAUGAUUUAUUGCAAGCUGCUCAAAUAGAAGAAAGGGGAAUGUUGGAUAAGAAGGAAAGAAGCUUAGAGACGUGGAAGCAAGUUGCCCUUAAUGAGGCAGCAAUGGCUGUUGUUGCUAUGAACUUCCCUGAUCUAAAAAAUAUUGAAUUUGUCACUAUUGCACCUCGAGCUGGUAGGGAAUUGGGUUAUGUUCGGAUGAAAAUGGAUGCCAUGAGGUUCAAUGAAGGAAUGCUCACCCGCCAGUCCCUCUUGGACCAUAUAACUGUUCAACUAGCACCACGUGCAGCAGAUGAGCUUUGGUAUGGGGAAGACCAGUUGAGUACAAUCUGGGUUGAAACAGCAGACAAUGCCAGAUCAGCUGCUAGAACCUUUGUUCUUGGAGGCCUUUCCGAGAAACAUUAUGGAGUGUCUAACUUCUGGGUUGCAGAUCGAAUCAAUGAUAUUGAUUUGGAAGCUUUGCGGAUUUUACACGUUUGUUAUGAGCGUGCAAAAGAGAUUUUGCAACAGAACAGGAAGCUCAUGGAUGUGGUGAUUGAUGAUCUUAUUCAAAAGAAAAGUUUAACAAAAAAUGAAUUCCUCCAUUUGGUCGAGUUGCACGGCUCGAUCAAACCAAUGCCUCCAAGCAUCAUCGACCUUCGAAUCGCCAAACGAACCAAGCUUCAGGAGGAGGAGAAGAUGAAGAAGAACCAAAAGAAAAUAGCGGUAGGCAGCAGCAAUACCUCAUAAACAUGAAUCCCAAAAACCAUUUCUAUCACGAGUUCACAAAUUUCUAAUAGUGACAGUGAAAAGUCCAUUGCCUGAGCUGGAAGGCAGCACAAAUACUCGCCUUCCAAAGACUGGUUCUUCCCGGUCAUUCCCGGCAAUGAAUUGGACGAUAUCGAUGGGUAAUCUGGUCGAUCAGUUGCGAGCAGAAGAAGAUGAGUAUUGUUUUAGUUCCUUUUCAAUUCUAUCCCAUUUGGAAUCUGUAGUUUCGGUGUUGACAGUGUUUACACAGAUUUUUUUCACCAUUUAUA